AGACGAUCGGGAUUUUCUACAACUGAGAAACCCUGAAAACCUAAUUGUUCAGGAAUUAAAGGCAGCAAUUUUAAGGGAAAUGUGGUCUUCGAGAACUCUCAAUUACAUAUGCAGGCUACGACCUGAACCAUUUUCUUCUUCAUCGUCUCGUGCAUAUUCGCUCUACAUCUCCGGCUCUCGCUGCACCGGUGGCCCUCCAAUUCCGUCGCAGCACCGAUCCAUCACCUCCACGGCGACGCUUCAUGGAUGGAUGGAUACGAUCAAAGGUGUCUUUACAGGGAAAAAGGAUACUCCUUUGGAAGAAUCUAAUCUACCCGUUGAAGAUUUCACUCUUCUCCGAUUCGCCGAUGAAUUGAAGACUGCUAAAAGGUUAGGGAAAUUCAAGCAGUACAUUGUGGGCCGAAGCAGCGAGGCCACCUUUGCAGACGCGUUUGAGAAACAAGAAGCCAUUAUAAGAUAUCUUGGAGCUCGUGAUGCUACUGGAGAGAAUCUCCAAGCGAGUCAAAAGCAAGAUGCGGCAAAACAUUGUAAUUGCACUAUAACGGACGUGGAGAAUACGCUGGCCAAGUUUACUUGGGCCAGGCAAGCUCACAAGAAGAUGAAAGAGUUGAAAGAUGGAGGCAAACCGUUACCAAAGAAUCUGGGAGAGCUGCAAAAAAUGAUGGGGACAACACCGAUGGAUCUGGCAAGAUCGAACUUAGCCAAAAGUGGGCAGAUCAGCCGCAAUGCACUUUGUCCCUGUGGUUCCAAAAAGAGAUAUAAAAGAUGUUGCGGAAAGGAUUGAAGAAGCAGAAGUUGAACGUUAACACCAAGAGAUCGACUUUGAUCGAUCAUUUGUUGGAGUUCCUUUUGUGGUUUAGCUACAAACUGGGGAGCUUUCUUUUGGCUCUUUAUUGUCUUCAUUUGCUCUUUUUAUAGAUUGCUUCUAGAAAACAGAUAGAGAGAAAGAUGAAUUUUUGA